UUGCGUCAACCACCAGCCAAUCCCAGUGGAGAGCUGCCUGUUACUAUAGAUCAUCAACAGGAUGUUAACAUGUCCAGCAACUUAACAAGAAAUGAUGCAAACUGUGACAAGACAGGAACUUGCUAUGAUGUGUCUGUCCACUGCAAAGACACUAGGAUCGCGGUACAAGUCCGUACAAACAAGCCUUUCAAUGGAAGAAUCUAUGCACUGGGCCGCUCGGAGACAUGUAACAUAGACGUAGUCAAUAGCGAUCUAUUCAGACUUGAUCUCACAAUGGCCGGUCAAGAUUGUAAUACUCAGAGCGUCACUGGCGUUUAUUCAAACACUGUGGUGUUGCAACAUCACAGCGUUGUUAUGACGAAAGCGGACAAAAUCUACAAAGUGAAGUGCACAUACGACAUGAGUUCAAAGAACAUUACAUUUGGAAUGGUGCCCAUCAGGGACCCGGAGAUGAUCUCCAUCACUGCCGCACCUGAGGCACCUCCACCACGCAUUCGCAUCCUUGAUAGUCGACAACGUGAGGUCGAAACUGUUCGUAUUGGAGACAGGCUCACCUUCCGUAUUGAAAUUCCCGAAGACACUCCAUACGGCAUUUUUGCACGCAGUUGUGUCGCUAUGGCUAAGGAUUCCAAGAGCACGUUCCAGAUCAUCGACGACGAUGGAUGUCCAGUUGAUCCGUCAAUAUUCCCAGCGUUCAAUCCCGAUGGUAACGCAUUGCAGUCCGUGUAUGAAGCCUUCAGAUUCACUGAAUCAUACGGUGUUAUAUUCCAGUGCAAUGUGAAAUACUGUCUGGGACCAUGUGAACCUGCGGUUUGUGAAUGGGGCAGAGAAUCAAUAGAAUCCUGGGGCAGAAAGAGACGUUCUUUACCCAACAACGAAACAAGUGAAAAUCACUCUCAAAAGGAAGACAUGAAUAUUUCUCAAGAAAUAUUGGUUCUUGACUUUGGUGAUGAAAGACAGAGUACUGACUUCCUCCGAUCCGAUAAACCUGGUGGCUCAGCAUCAGAGACCAAUUUUGGAGAAAAAACAGUAACCAUUGUGGAGCCAUGUCCUAGCAAGUCAUCCGUACUGCUGCUAGGAGUGGCCUGUGCGCUGCUGGUACUGUUGUACAUCGCAACUAUCUUCUGUUACUACAUGCGUAAAUGGCUGGCGCCACCUAAGCAUUUGUCGUAA